CCAUACCCAGUUCCCGUCAGUACCGGUUUUAAAGCCUCUCGGCAAUAUACUGUCGCCCGGAAUUCAUUCUGGCACCACCAGUGUCCACGAGCUUCUCGAAUGCCCCGUUUGUACCAAUUCUAUGUACCCGCCGAUUCAUCAGGGUUGGCCUUCGGAAUUUUAUGUCGGAAUCCUGGUCUGGAUUUUGUCUUAGAUCUGUCUAUCUAACAGAUGGCAUGAUGUCUAUAUGUGGUUGAUUUGAGUUUGAUUCAUGAAGAAUAGAUUGAUAAGCAUUAUGCAGUUAGGGGUCGCAGUUUUGCCAAGACUUUGGAUUGACAAUGAAUGUGUAAUGAAGUGAUGGCUUUUUUUAAUAUCUAUGGUGUUGCAAUCACUAAAGAAUAUGUAGUAAGAUUUUCUAUGGAGUCAUGAAAGAAUAUUCGCUUUCUUCCCUUCUUCUUCGCUCCUUCGCCACUCAGAAUUAUUGCCCUAGUGGGUAAGUUUGGAACCAUAUGCCUCAUUAAUCCCUGGCUAUUCAGGAUCUCUUCAGAUGAUUAUUUUGAAAUUUUCCUUUGUAGUGAGUGGUUUGCUGUUUUGAUCAAAUUUGGCGUGAGUUUGGAAUUUGUCUCCCUCUAGAAUAUGAGGAACUAAAGCUAUGUUGGAUAACUUGAUGGACUGAGGUUCAAUAAAAUUUUGAUUGUGGGCUUUUUGGUGGAAGUACAUAUUCGGUGGUUGAAGUUUUGAGUAGGAAUUUCAAUAUGCUAGCAUUCGAUGCCAAUAAGGUGGCUGAGAAAGGGUUGCUACUGAAUUUCCGGGCAGCUGGUACUGAGGAGGUGGCCAAACGGUAGAUUCAAAUUUGUUGACUGACUCAUUAUGAUAGAUUGGGAAGCCCUUGAGAUUGGAAUAUGGUGAUCAAAGGUAAGUUAUGGGGAUUUUCCAGAAGUGCCAAAAUGAUAUGAGGUUUGGCCUUUUAUGGAAAUUUGAUAAUGGAAGGAGAUGUAGUUUAAGAUGUCUAAUACUGAAUAUCUAAGUUUUGAUGGGACAGGAUUUAACACUUGUCUUGAUUUUAUUGUCACAAAAUUGAAUAUGAAGGAGAACAAACAAUAGCUUCGAGGCAUUCACGAUGGAGUCUUUUAGCCGUCCUAUUUAAGAUCCCAUAGGCAUCUUAAAAUCCUAGAGAGUUCUCCGUAGUCAAUUUUAAUUCUUUUCAAAAGAUCAUCAUCAUCAUCAUCAAAAGAUGUCACAGAAAAAUAUUUGGCAUGUGCUCCUUGUUGUGUGUGUGUGUUCCUGCUAUUUGGUGAUAGGACAACUUCCUAAUCGGCAUACAGAGAAAAUAGGGAGUAAGUGCCAUAAUGGACAUACGCUCUGUUCAACCUGUAAAGCACGGGUGCAUAACAGGUGCCCUACCUGUAGGCAGGAGCUUGGAGAUAUAAGAUGUCUAGCAUUGGAAAAGGUGGCUGAAUCACUUGAACUGCCUUGCAAGUACAUGUCGCUCGGAUGCCCUGAGAUCUUUCCUUACUACAGUAAACUCAAACACGAGUCCUUGUGUAACUUCAGGCCAUACAACUGUCCAUAUGCUGGAUCAGAAUGUUCUGCUGUUGGGGAUAUCCCGUUUCUUGUUGCUCAUUUGAGGGACGAUCAUAAGGUGGACAUGCAUUUGGGAUGCACUUUUAACCAUCGUUACGUCAAGUCCAAUCCUCGCGAAGUGGAAAAUGCUACAUGGAUGUUAACUGUGUUUCACUGCUUUGGUCAAUACUUCUGUCUCCAUUUUGAGGCUUUCCAGCUCGGGACGGCUCCUGUUUAUAUGGCAUUCCUCCGUUUCAUGGGUGAUGAGAUAGACGCCCGAAACUACAGCUACAGUCUGGAGGUGGGAGGGAAUGGCCGGAAACUGAUUUGGGAAGGCACUCCAAGAAGCGUAAGAGAUAGCCACCGAAAGGUUAGAGACAGCCAUGACGGCCUCAUCAUACAGCGUAACAUGGCCCUCUUCUUCUCCGGAGGGGAUAGGAAAGAGUUGAAACUACGGGUUACAGGUCGGAUAUGGAAAGAACAGCAAAAUCCAGAGGGCGGGGCGUGCAUACCCAACCUUAGUAGCUAGGGCCUCUCUCACUCCCUUCUCUCUCGCCCUCUCCGAUGUGUGUGUGUACUUGCUGAAUUUCUUGUUGUGGUAAUUGUAGAUGCAGAUAAUUGAGAAUCCUUGUACUCACUCUUAUUGAACUGGAGGCUUAACCUUUUAUAAGUUGUCAAUAAAGCUUCCUUUCUAAUUUGCCAAAAGUUGGCUUCCUGGCAUUGCAAUGAAGUUUCAGAUAUACAGCCUCA